CAAGAUGGCGGAUGUCGGGAGAAGCUGUAGUCAUUUGUCCGAAUGCAAACAAGGCGUUAUCUCACAGAGAUCCUCACAACAAUGACUCCGCGAUAGCAUCGCAGAGAUUCGGACAUCUUGCAAAGCCUGGAUGCAAUGGCGUCAAAUAUGACGGUCUUCUCAGAUCUGUUCAGCUGGCGUCGAACAACAACUGUUCAAAAAAUACUGCUGAUCGGUGUUGGAUUAGUAAUUGUAUCGUUCCUAACAAAUAUCUGGUCGUUAUUCGUGGCAUAUCUUCUUGCGUUACCGCUUUCAUGGAAAUUACUUCAUCUCGUCAUGAAACGGAAAACUCCGGCACCUUCUGACAAACUCUUGUUAGCGGUGCAGACGAUCAACAGAGUGAAACAGGGUAUUCUCUCCCUAGGGUCACCACAAAAAGAAGCAAAAGAAAGAUCACCGUCUUACAAAGAAUCCAAAGGAAUGUCUCUUAGUUAUGGUGUUGACAUUGGACGUGCAAAGGAUGUGUCAACUUUGAGAGGUCAAACUAUUGAGGGUGAAGUCAGUAUUUUUGUAAAAUAUGUUAUACGAGACUUUGUGCAAUCAUGGUAUGAGGACUUUAGUCACGAUGCUCAGACCCUGAAGGAAUCACAGCAGAUUUUACACGCGGCUGCUUUCAGUCUAACUAAACGAGGCCAAAAAAUACACCCACAGCGACUCACUAGGGAUCUUUUAGAAUUGUUUACUCAGCAUCUAUCAACAUUCCAAGUAGCCAGAUCAGUUUUUCUAAGUCAAAGAAGGGGAUCAAUGAGUACUUCUUCAACAAAAUGUGGGACCUUGGAAGAAACAUUUGAACAGAGAAUCAAAUUCCAUCCAGCAUUAAAAAAUGAUGAAAGUGAAAUGAACUUUUUGAGGAGCUUGUCGAAGUUAUUGCUGACACACAUUUUACCCACCAGUAUAAACACUUGUCGGUCACCUCUUGUUGUGAUGACUGAGAUAAUGGCAUGUAAUGUACUUAAAUCAGCAAUUGAUAUGCUCACAUCAACAGACUGGUUAUAUGAGAGCAUGGUUAUCCUUCUAUCAGACGAGGACCAUUUAGAAAACAGCUCUGAUGACAAAUGGAAGGACACAAAUACAAAACAUUCCAUUGAACAAACUCAGCCUACCAGAGAAAAAGAUACAGAUGUUGUGGUCAAAACUGAAGAAACUGUGCCAGAUGGUGAAACAAUUAAUGAAAAUCAUGUUGGAAAUGCUCAAGUAAAAGAUCAGGGCAUUGUAUCAGAAGAUGAGUGCGAAAAGCACAGGAAGGUGAUAAUCUCAGAAAAUAUUCCCCAGAUAUUGCUUGAAGAAGCUGGUUGUGAUAAACAUGAUGGAGGAAUAACAGGUGCUGAAAACACUGACAUGGAUAAUGAUGAGUUUAAGACGUGUAUAGAAGAGAAAUCCGACUGUGAUAAAGAUGAUGAAAGAGGGACAGAAGAUGUUCCCCCACCAAAUCCCACCAUGUUAAAUGAAACUGAUGACUAUGCUGAGCCAGAAACUCCUCCAGCACAAAGUGUUGAAUCCUCUCAGGAAUCAAAGAAAGAUGUGGUAGACUCUGAAACAGUACAGGAUUAUGCUUUAAAACCAUCAAAAAAUGACAAUAAGAAAAUAACUAGCACCUUGUUCAAUCUGUUCAAAAGACGGAAAGAGUCGACAAAAUCCAGGAAUGAUUCCAGUGCAUCAAACUCUACUUGCUCUAGCGAUGAAUUUCAUCGCUCAAGAGGAAAUACAUUUGAUGAUGGAGAAAUUUUUCAUACGAUUAUUCAGGGAAAAGAAGAGGCAAACUCGAACUUUGGUGUUGAGUGUUCUGAGGAGGCUGUUCCUGUGAAGGGAGAUGCAGUGGUACAGUUCUUUGUGCAGGAUGACAAUAAUGACAAAAGUAUGGACAUAUUGACCCUUGACGCAGACAAAUAUUUAGUUGAGGACAGUUCACUGCUUUUUCAGGAUGUGAGUAUUCCAGAAACAGAGGAACGUCAGGAAUACAGAAGCUCCUCAAAGUACACUCUCUAUACUAUAGAGUUCAAUGCUCUGUAUUUCUCCGAUGGGCCCCCAGUGAUGAAGAGUGGUGGUGUAAAGCGCCGGUUUCGUGAGUUUGUUAAUCUGCAGGCCAGACUAGAUGCCAAAGAUAACUACAAGAAACUACUUAAAGAAACGAAGGGCCCAAGUCGGUGGAACACGCUGCCAUUCAAGAAUAUGGACAAGGACAAUGUGGAGAGUAGAAGAGUUUUUCUGGAGAAGUUUCUGAAGUCGCUGAUCCAGAUUGAGGCAGUCUGCAAUGGCCCGGAGCUCCGGGAGUUUCUGGCUUAUGAGGGGGAUGGCCAUAUUGCGUUCGUCAAGAAGGCGCGAGAGAUAAGUGUGCCUAGGCUGGAUAAAAUGUUUGUCAAGACUGCAUCAGUGGUUUUUGACAAGCUGAAGUCAAUUCCAGACAUUCCCCAGAACGUCCUCUCUGCAGUAACGAAACGGGACCGCUCUGUAGAGAGGCAAGAAGACUGCAAGGUCGUAGAGGACUCAGACAGACAGGAGUUGGAGUAUUCUUGGCAGGAUCCGGACUCGGACUCUGUAUCCCAUCAGUGGCUUCAGGCUGUGGAGGAUUACAUCAGUAAUUGUGAGAAGGAUACACAUGAUGAGGAAAGCAUUACCAUAACAACAAGCUGGGAUGUGAAGGAGAAGAAAGCUUUGCUUGAGGAAAUUCAUGCCAAGUUGCCACGGUUACAGGGAGAUGGUUCAGAAGCUCCAGAUACACUGGUUCAAGAAGGAAAGGGUCAAGUUAUACCAGACCUUCCCCUUGCCAAUGCUGUCCUUGACCUGGCUCGCCAGACCAUCCAAGGUCGUGAGCACUGGUUGACACGUGAAAGAGUUCUCUCUGUUUCAAGGAUUGUGAUUGGCAAGGCACUUGACAGGUGGUUGUCUGACCAGAUCAGCUUCCUGACAUCGCCAGAGCGCUGGGUGUAUUACUCUCAGCUUCUGCGUAAAGCAAUAUGGCCUGAUGGGAAGCUGUCGGCCGAAGACAAGCCAGUUAAACCACAGAGUGAGAAGGAGGCGACACAGAAACAAGCCAAGCAAUGUCUGAAAGACUUCUUCCCUGAUUUCAUUGAGCAGUUGGCUGGAUCAGAGGAUUAUGACAUUGCAGCUGAUCAGAUCAUUGAUGUCCUGCAGUAUGAGAAACUAAACAGGCAUCUGCUGUACAUGUUCCUGGGGAUUCUCACGGAGAAACUGUUUCCCGAAAUCUCCGCACCUGAACUGCAAGAUAGAUUGUUCAGUUAAUACAACACAGAGACAGCAGAUUGUAGCACCUUGAAAUAUAUUCCAAAUUGUCAUUGUCAACCAAGGAUGAUGUUUUCAUCUGAGAUUGUACGCACAGAAAGUUGUUCUCCAGUCCCAAGAUUGUUUUAGAAAGUAGUUCCCCGUUCAAGGAGGAGGAUGGGGGAAGGUCCAAUAAUUGAGUGUGGGAAAACUUAAGUUAGUUCUCUUAAAUACAGAGGUUUUGUGUUUGGUCAAGCUUUCAGUUUCACUAUUGUAGAAUAAGAUUGUACAAAUAAGACCAUGAAGUUUGAUGUUGCGUGAUACAUGUGGCUAAUAUCAAUAAAUUGGAGGUGCCCCAUGUAAUCCAAGAUGGCCGUUGUAUUCAUGCACAUAUUCCAAGAUGGCUGCUCCUUGCAUUCUCGAGGACUGCAUUUGCUCUUCACAUUCCAAAAUGUCUUCACAUAAAGAGACAACAGCAUCUUCAUGCACAAGACCCAGAAAUAUGGAUCAAGAGUCUGAAAGGAUCGGCAAGAACUAGUGUAUGUAACAGGGUUGAAGAGGAAGUUAAAAUGUCUUAUUACUAUGAAUAUUAUAGUGCUAAAAUUUAUUGACUUUACAAGGUCAGAAGACUGAAAAUUGAGACAGUGCUUGAUGUAAUACAUAUAGAUUCAUAUUGAUAGCACAAAGCAUUAAGAACAAUGUCUUUUAGGCUACAUGAGAAUCAAUAUUUCAGUGCUUAGGUUCGUCAUAAUGUUUAUCAUCAUUUUGUGAUGAUUGGGCUUCAGGGAAGUCAUUUUUGUUGUUUUUUAUCAGUAAAUGUUGUGUUUUAACAUUAGAUUUAGGAAUGCCAGUGCUCUCCAGACUCUAACUUCAGAAAUAUCUUUCCUUGCCUAAACUUACCUCAUGGUUGUUGACAAGUCUUGUCUCCUGACCAAAGGAACAUCACUUAUUUUUCUCGGCAUAAGUUCACCUGUUAAAUGUCUUGUAUCUGGGUUAGUGCGGCCCCCCAGAGGAAGAUGCUCAUGCAAAGGGAGGA